ACAAGACAGCAAACCCUCAGAGAGAGAGAGAGAUUGAAGGAGGAGAAGAAAGAAGCAGAGAAUAUAAUUCAAGUUACAGCCUUUGAUCGAGCCCAUUUGAUACAGAGCAAAACCAGCCAUGGGUUCACUCGCCGGCGAGUACCCAUCAGAGGGAGAAGAAAAGGGCAGUGAAAGAAACGGCGGCGUGCCUGAUCUGCUGGAAGAAGCUUGGUUCUUCAGGAAACUGAUCGAUGGAAGCGGGGGCAAUAAGCCGCCGCCGGCGGGAGGUAGAUUCAUGGGGAGGUGUUUCUCUGAUCCCACUUCUUCACAGAGCGUCGUUCCUCCGGCGCCGGUGAGAGGCGACGGCGGUUUGGUGAGGGCGCCGUCUCUGCCGCCUUGUAUUGGCAGGAAGUCUGGUGGGAGGAGGAAUGGUAGUAAAUCGUCGAAAACAGGGGAGGGUAAGGAGAAACAGGGGAGUAAGAUUAAGACAUCAGGCGGCGGCGGCGGGAGGAAUCCGGGGAGUUUGGCGAGAGCUCCGUCGCUGCCGCCGUGGAUAGGGAGGGAAGAAGUAGAAGAAGAAGAAGAAGAAUCAGAUGGGGAAGAGAAUGGUAUGAGUAUGAGCAGAUUGAUUCAGCAGGCCAUGUCUUCUUCUCUCGAUGAUAUCUCUCCUAGACACUCUGUUUCUUCUCCUAAGAGCAUGAUUAGGAGUUGCAGGAGCAUGAGAAACGAGGUGAGAGGUGGUGGUGGAAGAAGAAGAAGCCCAGAGGUUAAAGAUGAUCAAAGUGGAGUAAUUAGUACGACUAAUCACAGCAACAAUCCUCCUCCUCCGCCCACUAAUCCCAAGGGAAUCAGGAAGUUGACCAAAACAAUGAGCAACCUUGAGAUCCAACAUGAUCAAGCCAGUUACUACGAGUCAAAGAAGGCGGCAGCGAGGCCACAGAGGCCCAGUUACGACCGGUUCCUCCGGUGUGGAGGCCCGCCGAUUCCGACGUGGGCUCCGGGGCCCACUUCAAAUGCCCAGACAACGACGACCGCAACUACUUCAUCAGCUGAAGACAUCAAGGCCCAUCUCAAGGUCUGGGCCAGGACUGUGGCUGCUAACAUACACUGAUGAAAGUGGAUUAAAGAAAAUUAAUUAAUUUUUGUAAUGGUUUUUGGUUAACCUUGACCAUCACAAUCAUCAUAAUCAGCAAUCUUAGUUAUUGUUGAAGAGUUCAUCACAGAAAACAUCGAUUCAUUUGUAAACAUUUUGUUCAGAUUUAAUCAGAUUCCAGUUGAAC